CUGGAGGAAUCUUCUGGAGUGGUGUGUGUGUGUGUGUGUGCGCGCGCCAGUCGGCACAGAACUAAACCGGCUUCCUGGUGCUGAAUAACCAAGUUUAAAACGGAUGGCUAAAGAAGUCCAUAACGCCUGCCAACUAAUUCUUUUGUAAACGGUGUACAGUCCGGUGCAUUAAAAUGGUGAAACGGCCUUGAUCUUCGUAUUUAAAAAAAUCAAGCAUAGUAUAUUUUGUAUUAUGAAUACUUCAACGUGGUCUUGAUUGGAAAUAAUAAUCUCUUUAGAAUGGAUGAAUACAAGAACCUGCCUGUGAAUCACUGGACAGAGGACCAUGUCGGAGCCUGGCUGGUAUCACUAGGACUCAAGGAGCACUACAUCAAAAAGCUCCAUGAAGAGGAGGUCACAGGGCCUGUAUUUAAACAGCUACCUGACACUUACUUCAGGGACACCAUUGGCAUGAAGGGUGGACAACUAGUGCUGCUGCUGACGGCAAGAAAGCGACUGCAGGGUGCAGACUUGAAAAUUGAAACAGCUGGUCACAGUGAGAAUCAGCUGACUGAACCAACAGCUGGCAGGCAGGUACUGACAGAACAGAUUAAGCCACGGCCAUUUGGUAAGGAGCCUGGUACCUUGACUUACAGAAAACAUGGGUGUCUGCCCCCAGAGACGGGCAUCAUUGACCUGAUAUCACCUUGCCGUGAAUUCAAAUCACUUGCUGAUGCUGUCAAGCUGGAUGAAGUUCGUCUGCAGAGCAAAUUUGCCAAGGAGGUCAUCAGGUUUGCAUGUGGAUGCAUGAAUAUGCGCACCAAUGGCACUAUUCACUUUGGUGUCAUGGAUAACGUGAACAAUUCCACUUUUAAACACGGGGAAGUCCUUGGCAUUCCUGUAAAAGAUCAAAGUAUCUAUAUUGAUGCACUUAAAUAUAUUAAGAAUUGCUUUGACGAUAAAAGUCAUGAGGCAGCACAUGCCUGCAUUCAGUCACCCCACUUUAUUAAAGUCUUUGACCAACAGGAUACUCUCAGUGGGUAUGUGGUUGAGGUGGACAUUGUUUCAUCUAUUUGCUUCCUGAAGGGAAACUACUAUGGGGUUCGUCUCCCAAAUUUCAAAGAAGAAUCAAACAAAGUGAUCUAUGACAAAGUCACGAUAUACCAGCGGGUAGGUGCCAGUACUGAAUCAAUAGAUGGUCAAAAACUAAUUGAAUUUGGCAAACACAUACCGAAAAGAGAUCUCAUGAGGGAGCAGGCAGAAACACCUCCCCCUAGUAGCCCAGCAGAAAUCAGAGAAAAUUUAGCCAGGAAGCUCUCCAUGCUUUUAACUUGUGGAAGAAAAUACAUGGAUGACAACCUGCAGUACAUCGUGGUGACAAGUAAGUGGAAACCAGAGGAGCUACAGCACUGCACCUUUCUGUUCAACAUGAACCUUCUGUGUGUCUUUGAUUUUGACCCAGACUCUGAAGUCUCAGGACUGUGUCAUAAGUACCUCCGUUCCCAUGAAGCCAAUCUCUACUCCCUUCAAAAGUACACGGAUGACGCGAAGAACAGUCCAGAUGAAUUCAUGAAAAGCAGUCAGCUUUUUGAAAAGACCAAUUGGAUCUUCUGCAAUGGGCGCAGAGGUUAUCUGGGUGGUGAGGAAUCCUGUGAUGAUAAGAUGUGGAUCAGAACCCAGACAAAGUACCUGAGGAAGGCCAUCUCCAUGCUCUGCAAUGAAGCAGUCCUACCUAAGGGCUCAUGCUUGGUGCUUUUCCUGUUAAUGUCCCCCAUUGAGCAGGCGUUCUGUGAGACUUUUCAUGACUUUUAUAUUGAAAUGAAUGACCACGAGGAUAUCGUUUGCAUUUCAGAAUCAGAGGAGCAGUACAACAAGUUAUUCAGCUUUAUGCCAGCUUCCUAUGAUGCCUCAGAAUUAAGGAACAUCAGCAUUGUGGGGAUGAAGAUAAGUCAUGUUGACACCACCAUCCAGAGUUUGCAGCUUUCUUCAGUCAAGCUGGAGAGGCAUUUACCGCUCAAUAGCGGUGGACAUUGCUCUCUCAAAACUACAGAUGAAGACAAGCUGCUCUCUUUGGAGGUGCUAAGUGCAAACCAGUGUGAGAACACCAAUUUAGAGACGCUCAAUCAGGAGCAAAUCAGUGAAACUGAGAGAAAUUUUUAUCACGGGAGCAAAGUGGCCUGGAUCAACUUUUGGUUGGCAGAGACAAAGCAAUGUGGAGAUGUUCCCGAGCGGGAAUCACUCGGAGAGGUUCAAACAAUGGUGCAGGAAUGUUUACAACACAGUGCAAGCUGGGACUCUGUUGCCAUCAUAAAUAUUUGUCACCAUCCUGGCAGUGGAGGCAGUACGGUGGCUCGGCAGGUCCUGUGGAGCUUCAGGAAGAGGCUAAGAUGUGCAGUAGUCAAAACGUCCUGCCCUGCCGUGAACGUGUGUGCACAUGCGAUAAGCCUCCGUGAAUAUGAAGAGAAAGAUCGAAACUGCUGCCUGCCAGUGCUGCUACUUGUCGAGGACACUGAAGAAGAGUACCUGGAUGAUCUAAAGCAAGAAAUGGAGAAAGCUAUCGAAGCCAUUAAAGUCAGCCCACCAGCACUGUGUUUCAUCCUGUUAAGCUGCAACCGUUCCUAUGAACCAGAGAAGAUGUGUCGAGCCUUACCACUGCAGACAGUAGCCAUCACACACAGACUGACUGAGAAGGAGAAGUUACUGUUUGCCAAAAAACUUGAGAACCUUAAGAAGAAAUAUAAUCCUGAUCUGAUGCUGACCUUUGUGUUGAUGGCAAAUGAAUUUGAUCCAGAGUACCAGAGGGAGUUUGUGUCCAAAAUCCUGCAAGACUUGGAUCGUAACAGCCGUGCUACCCUGCUGUUAAAGUACAUUGCUCUGCUGAGUGGCUAUGUCCAAAAUUCCUAUGUCUCACUCUCUCGGUGUCUUGCUUUCCUUGCACCACAAGCCACCACUGAUCGCUUCACUGAGUUGUUCUUCCAGAGGCUGUUAAGUGAGCAGGCCAAGUUUCUACUCAUUCAUCUGAAAGACAACAAGACCGGCAGCAAUGCUGUACGCAUAAUUCACCCAUUGGUUGCAAAGGAGAUUCUCUCUCAGCUACUGACUGAUGAGGAACAGAGCGAUAUUGCUAUAGGGCUUCUACAGGAUGAACAGCUGCUAAAAGCCAUAAGAGAACCAAAAACAUUUCUUCGGUUUCUUAGAGACUUGCUGAUGAGACGCUGUAAAAAAGUGUGGGGUGAUGAAUUGGAUACAUUGUUCUCCCCCUUUAUUGAACAUGUGCUCAAAAUUGAGAAGAAUUAUGAACAGGCCACACGUGUACUUGAACUUGGCUAUGAGAUGGUGGCCCAAGAUGGCUACUUUGCCCAGCAGGUUGCCAGGGUUCACUACACCUAUAAGAACUUUAAGGAGGCAAGAGAGUGGACCACAAAAGCAAAGUUCCACUUGCCCCACAACUCCUACAUCCUGGACACAGAGGGUCAAGUGUUCCGCAGAUGGUUCACCGAGCUGCGUGCCAAAGUGCAGAAGAAUCCUACCGCAGAAGAGGUCUGUGAACUCAUUGACAUUGCACUGAAAGCCAUGAGCUGUUUCCGGGAGUCUCAGGAAGUGGCCAAUCGCCAGAUAGAACGCUGCAUGAAUAGUGUAGGCUACUUCAGUGAGGUGAACAUCGGGCUGGAACUUCUGGAACUCCUUUCCACUGUUGACACCUUUGUAUAUGACAGUGGCCAUUCAGAACUACUAAAAUACCUGUGCACAGACUACAUCCCUGAAGAAAUAAAGCGCCCCUGGACCAGCUUCCAUAGUAGCUUAAAAAAUGUGCGGAACUGGAUUUACAGAGACCUGGAGUGGAUUUCAGAAGACUUGAGUUACUAUCGGGGCACCAAAGCACACGAAGGUGAGGAGUCAGCUAGGAGCAGUUACCAUGGCUGUGACUGGCUGGCCACCAAAACCAUCAAAUGCAUAAAGUUCUUCCAGGAAAUAUGGGACACCUCAUUAAAUAUGGUGACACCACUGAGAGAUGCUGGCUGUGGUGGUCUACUCAGUAAGUGGACAAAAAUCUACAAACUCCGUGGUGGAAAUGUAAACACAAUUCUUCAUCUUCUGAACAGGGAAGACUCAGGGGGCAAGCUUGAAAGAAUUAUUGAUUUGUACCCUCCAACAUCCAGCCUGAGCACCUCUCAGCUGGUCAGCUACAUCAUGUGCCAGGUGGCCCUGGCCUGCUCUCUUCCCAGUUCUCGAAAACAGAAAACACUGCUGGAGCUGAGCCACAUGAUCUUCAAAGUUCCCAAAGAGCAAUUUUCACCUGGUACCUACUUUGUCUCAUCGUUCCUCUUUUGGCCAGGACAGCAAUGUGAUAAAGAGUGGGCUGACAAAGCAGACAAGCUGCUGAUGUUGGCCAGUGAGACCCUCAAGCAACGCUAUGACUCGACAAAGAAAAACAUUCCUCAGAGACAGAAGCGAAUAGAGAGCUAUUUCUUCUUGGGGAAUGGGGAUGGUCUCAACAGACUGGUUAACAGCAGCAGACUGAACAAAGAGACAGGUGGUGCAGUAACAGAACAGAAUCUACGCUGGUCAGGCUAUCAGGUCUGGGCCAAUCCACAAGUCCAGAAGCUACUCAGACCUGUGCAAGGCUGGACAGAAAGAGGCAAGCUGUACAUACAGGGCAACUCGGCUGGAAGAAAAAUCCGAGUGCCUGUGGUGCACUGUCCUUCUGCCCCAACUGAUGACAAAAAUGUCACCUUUUAUAUAGGAUUCUCUUUCUCUGGACCUGUGGCAUAUAAUAUUAGAACAACACCCAGUUGAUGGGCCUGUACUCUUCUGACCAGUGUGCACAAUCGAUCAAUUACUCAAUGCACAACAAAAACCUUUUACUUUAACAGAACUCUUAAAUGAAGAACAUAACAACACAGCUUGUUUUAUUAAGAAUUGCAGAUCCUGUAAAAGUUAACGGGAGAGAGAUGAAUGAAUUACACACAAACGUCCUGCGCUCAGGAUAUUAGUAACAUAACAAGGGCUACAAAACAGCUCUCAAAAUGCUGUAUAAUGAUGCCAGUGAGGUUUCCAACAUAAACAAAUAAGAAACACGUUACAUUCUGUCGACAUCUUUGAAAGAAUUUGAGAAUUGACCAGAAGAUGCCACUUUCAAGUAUUACCUGGUGACUUGUGUCCAUCUGUAUCUUUGUGGGAAUGUUUUUUUUUUUUAGCAUUCAGCACCUUUGAGCAAGUUCAGCCUGUGCUUUAGUGUUAUAAUCAAAGACUGGACAUUUAAUUAACAACGUGAAUCCUCCCUAAUGAUCCCUCUAUUACUCUGAACACUUCUCUCUAUUAUAAAAAAAAUCUUGGCAGGGAGACUAGGGAGACAAGACGUGAUCUUCUUGGAAGACAAUUUGACGUCCUGCAACAGACACUUUAACGUUACACGAGACAGCAUUUAAAACAAGUUCACGGACAUCUAACCUAGCAGUUGUUGGAAUGCUUUUGGCAGACACACUUCAUGCGCUCCGAGCUCUUAAAACGACGACAAGCAGAACACGCAGCUCGCCAGCAGAUGAUCUGACCACUUCUCGUUAGGGUGCGCUCAGCCCACCCCCCAUUUUAAAAUGCGAACGACAGAAACACGAAGUGGCAAAAUGACAACUGCUGUACAGGCUUUUAAAUGAUUGACGCGCAGCGCGACAAACAGAACAUGCAGCUCACCAGCAAUAGUA